GCCUUCACCGUUGACCGAAGCCAGGUGAGACCCCACUGACGAAAUGCCCCAAAUCGCAAAACCCGCCCACGCCUGACCCCAGCUUCGUACAGCUACCUCGUCUUGCCUGAAUACCUAAAGUGACAUUAACAAAAUGGCGUCAAAAGGAAAAGAGGCAGCGCAAAGUAAAGAUGCUACGCCAACAAACCCACGGGGCAUCCCCUAUGCUCCGUUCGUUGACAAGGUCGAGGACUAUGUUUCUACUCGAGACGACGUCGAACCCACUCUACGAAGCUUCCAAGAAAUGAUAUCGAAAUACCAAUUCAUGGAGAUGAACCUACAGAAGCGAAUGGGUGGCCUCAAGGAGAAGAUUCCGGAUAUUCAGAAGACUCUUGACUCGGUCAAGUUUUUGAAAUUAAGAAAGGAUGACGACGAAGCGAUAGACACGACGUUCGAACUUAAUGACACUUUGUACUCCAAGGCGAAGAUUCCUGCGACAGAGGAGGUCUACAUCUGGCUGGGAGCGAACGUGAUGCUCUCAUACCCCAUAGACGAGGCAGAGACACUACUGAGUUCCAAGCUAUCCACGGCAAAGACCAGCUUGUCUAACUGCGAAGAAGACUUGGAUUUUCUCCGUGAACAAAUUACGACAAUGGAAGUCGCUAUAGCAAGAGUUUACAACUGGGAGGUUGUGCAGAAGCGAAAGGACAAGGUCGAGGAGGAGGAAGAGAAGAAGAAGAAGAAGAAAGGAAAGUCACAAGGUGACUAAUUCAAAAGAAAAGAUCCGGCUGGUAUCUGAUGUGUCUAUGAAUGUUGAAAUUGCAAAAAGUAGAGCAAAAAUGAGAAAAGUAAGAAACAUUUUGCCGGCAGAGCUUUGUUGUUAAAGUAUGAAAAUUAGCAGGGAUUCCCAGCGCAUCGAAAGUAUCACACAAAUCAUUAGGCGAGCGCUUCGCUUCGAAAGAUAUUCACAAAUUUGACAACAACCUCAGAAAUCCUGAUAUACGCAGGUAUAGUAGGUAAGGAGUGACCAACCUAUUAAGGGAUCUAUCUAUCUGGCCUUGG